AUUGAUUACGAAUGAAUGAAUUCGACAAUCAAUCCUACAUUGACCUAGCCAACUCCUAUAGGAACAGGAUAUGCGUCAUGAACCUGAGUGAAACUUACGACUCCUCAAUAGCUUUGAUUGGCGUAUCUCCGUCUACUUGAAAAAAUAGCAGCGGAGUUCGGUGUAGUAGCUGGAGCGUCGUCAGGUCGUCUCGCCUUGCUCCUGCCAAUCGUGUGAUUUCUCCCGGAACGAACCUUCCGACAUGUCGAAAAAGCUUGUGUGCUGGAGCCGUGCACCUAAGAGUGCCUACGACGAAGUUCCUUCCAAAGAAAAAUCMCCCCGGUGCGGCUCCCGCCGCACCAAGAAAGAAACGAGAAAGCAAAGCAUGGGCGUUUCGGAAAGGGUUCCAUCGAAGCGAGACAGCGACACCAUUGCCGUCGACUGGUGGCGCGACCAUAAAAAAGAGGGACAGAUUGUCGGCAACGAAAAUGUCGUAAACCAAAGAGAGACAUAUGGUUCCACCCAGAUAGCACCCUUCCAAAAGGGAGGAGUCGGACAUACGAAUGGCACCGGGCUAGACGAGCUUUCACGGUCGCCCGAUCUAUCAUCGUUUAUGAAUAGUUUGGAACACGGUCUGAACGUCCCACUUGAGGCAACGGGUGAUGUAUCGCAACCACAGAACGGGAUGGUUCUCUACCCUAGCCUCCUGCCAAAGGAUGACAGACAUGACAACAUCCGGGAGAACAAUCCAUCUCUGGGGAUCUUCAAAACGAAAGGAAGGUCGGAUUUAGAAGGUGUCAACAUGGAAAUAUUUCAUCCACAAGUAAUAAAACCGACUUCAAAACAACAAGAGCAACAGCACCAAUUGCAUUCGAAGUUUCACUCGCAGUCGCAAUCGCAGUCAUACCAACAAAUACAGAGCCCGAACCAUGGGAAAAGGGGUCCUCCGCCUCGGAUAGGAAUAAAGACGAUGAUGCAAUACGUUGAUGAAAGAGCAGAAGCAAAGGAGGUAUGGCGCGAAAACGUCUCUAAUAUUCCCCAAAGCCAAACGCACGAGGAUCAAUCCAGGAUAACAAUAACGCAGAACAAUCCAGGUGGCAAUGGGGGCAAUCCAGCCUCGAAAAAGCUGUCUCUAUCCACUUUUCUUGAACGAAAUCCUAGGGUGUCCUCGGCGAAGGAAAAGGUCUUUGGUGUGUUGGAAUCUUCCGACCACCUCUCAGAUGUUCCUAGCGACGUCGAUUCGCUCACUAGGGAACGAUAUCUUCUGGCAUGCCAAAUGCUCAAGAUGACCAUGAUACAAAAGGAGGGUGCACUAGUUGAUAUCGAAAAAGAGUACAUUAUGAGCCUUUUGGACGAAUUCGAAAAUGAAAACGGAGAAGGCACUGUCGUCAACGAAGAUCGUAUGGCCGCUAUCGAACGCGCUAUCCUUCACCUUGAAAGCGACAACGUGCCAUCGUCCCCUGCCACUGCAGUUAGGGCUCACAAAACCCGGACUACAGGCGGAGAGAAAACACAAAAAAGUAGCCAUCAUCCGAAAUCGUUGAACAGUGACAAAAACCCGCACACUGCAACCCGCAAACCGAAGAACAAGCUUAUGGAAACGUUUUCAAAUCCUUGUUCACCGCUUGUAAUGGCCAGAAUGAGACAAAGGCAAAAAUAUUCCUCCUUUAAGGAGGAAGAUGGAGUCAUGAAGAAUACCACUAAUCUUAAAAUGGUCGAGAAUGAUUCCGAUGACGAUGAAGAUCGUUUGGUUAGAUUUGAUGGAUGGUCGUUUCAGAACUCAAGAGAAUGUCCAUUUUUGAUACUUGGCGCCGAAGGGAACAACACGAAUCCAAGAGUGUUUACACCAGAGAUGAUGGAAGCAUUGCGGGGAUUUAUGCCGAUAGAGACCAGCGAACACAAUUUCUGGCUUCGAUUUAGUCUAGUUCGAGAUGGAGGAUCGCUGACGACUCUCCUGUCUACUAUUCGCGCCUCGAAGUAUACGAUGAUCGGCGUCGAAACCGAUCACGGGGAGGUUUUUGGAAGCUUCACUGGAUCGCCUUGGAGAAUCGGGAGCAAAUGGUACGGAACCAGCGAAGCUUUUCUCUGGAGAUUGAAAAGAAGCCGAUACACAUCUACCAAAAACUCUAGAAUGCCGGAUUUUGAACGAGAAAUAGAGAUAUAUCCCUGUACCGAAGACGACGACCUUGUUCAAUAUUGUACGGAAAAGACGAUUGCUGUCGGUGGAGGCGGUUGGCAGCUUAAUUCGUGUCCAUACAGCAACAGUGACCAAGGGAUAGGCUUCAUGGUGGAUGGGGACUUGGUAGGUGGAGAAACAAGCAGUUGUGGGACGUUUGCCAAUCCCCGUCUUGCAAGGUAUACAACAUCAAGCAGCGAAUUUGCAAUACAAAAUCUUGAAGUCUGGACAAUAACACCGUGUACCCACGUAGAAAAUGCUGCUCACAUGGAAAUGCGCAACCUUGUUAAAGAAUACGGGAUCGUAUAAGGUGCCUUGAAUGAUUUAUUUGCUACCGAAGCUACCACCAAUCUGCAUUACUGUAGUUGCCGGUUGUUUCAUUAUAAUAACAAAAGCUUGAAAGCAUUUUGGUAUCUGAAUUGUUGCUGUACACUACGAGGGUACGGAUUAUGUUUCAUGCCGUGUGAUAUAAAGUGAUACAUACCCCGUGGAGGUAUGUUUUGAACAUUCUUGUUAGCAGGUGUGCAGAGUCUUACAGUAAUUUAUAAUUUAUGAUAUGGUAAAGGAAAAUACAUUGGAACCCCUGUGCUUUUGUUUUCAACCAACAUUACCUGUAAUUGUACCAAACAAUACACAGGAAAUUUCACGGAUACAUGGUAUUAAAAMCUAUCAUAUUUG